GGGAGAGCGAGCCGCAUCACAGGUCCCUCACACAUCCUCAGGGUCACAGACGCUUCUCUGCGCUACUGAGAGUGUUGAUCAGCGCACCAGUGGAGCUUCUCCUCCUGGCCCCUGCACCUUAUCUGAGCCCGUCAGGCCGAGCCUCACAGAUAGCAGCAUCAGGACAGGCUUUGUGUGGUGCACCAGCCCAGACCAGGCGACCGCUGCUCAGGUCCCCACAGCUUGGCUGGCCGAGGCAGGCCAUCGGCCCUGUGAUCUUUUAUCACUCCGGUGCAGGGAAACGACCAGCUCCAUGAAUAGACCGGGCCGGCGGACUGACCUUGGGAAGUUCUCUUCAAUGGAAAUAACUGGAAACUUCACUAGUUAAAUGGUAGUUUUCUUCCAGUAGAUCAUUUGAGUUAACAUCACUGGGUGACAUAUAGGUACUGUUCAGAACAUGUGGAUAUGUGGAAUCUUACUGUGCUCUCAAUGGACAGAAGAUGGGAAAGUUCUCCAUCCCAAUAAGUCCUGCACAGAGGGUCUGGAGAGUGAAGUGCCGUGAUGGCGGUCUGAGUCGCUGGCCAUAUUCUGAACAAUGGAGAAUGCAGAGGAAGGUCCAAUGAUGGCAAAAGCUUGGUCAGGUCCAAUGCAGAGUCCUGUGACCUACCCGUCCGUGCCAAACGCCACAACCAGCCUGUGGGCCCCCACGCGUCUCACGCCGCCCAGUAUGGAGGUGGUCACCACCUCGCAGUCGCAGAUGAAGGACCUGGUGGGGCUCUUCUGCAUGGUGACGCUCAACUUGGCUGCGUUGCUAGGCAACACAGGCGUCAUGGUGGCCAUCGCCCGCGCGCCGCACAUGAAGAAGUUUGCCUUCGUGUGCCACCUGUGCGCGGUGGACCUGCUGUGCGCCGUGCUGCUCAUGCCCCUGGGCAUCAUCUCGAGCUCGCCCUACUUCGGCACGGUCUCCUUCACGGUGCUGGAGUGCCAGGUGUACAUCUUCCUCAACGUGUUCCUCAUCUGCGCGUCCAUCCUCACCGUCACCGCCAUCAGCGUGGAGCGCUACUACUACAUCGUCCACCCCAUGCGCUACGAGGUGAAGAUGACCCUCAACCUGGCCGUCGGGGUCAUGGUCUUCAUCUGGGUCAAGUCCAUCUUGCUGGCCCUGGUGACGCUGUUCGGCUGGCCGGCCUACGGCCACCAGAGCUCCAUUGCGGCGGCCCACUGCUCCCUUCACUGGAGCCACAGCCGCCUAAGGAAGGUGUUCGCCGUCCUCUUUAGCGUGCUGUGCUUCUUGCUGCCCGCUGUGGUCAUCUUCGCAGUCUACUGCAACGUCUACAAGGUGGCGCGCGUGGCCUCCCGCCAGCAGGUGCCAGUGCCCACAUGGGCCGCCAGUGCCGCGGUCAAGCGCCGCUCGGACUCCAUCAGCAGCCAGACCACUAUCAUCACCACCACGCGCAACCUCCCGCAGCAGCGGCUCUCCCCGGAGCGCGUGUUCGGCGGCGGCGGCAAGGCCGCACUCACGCUGGCGGUCAUCGUGGGCCAGUUCCUGGUCUGCUGGCUCCCUUACUUCGCCUUCCACCUGCACCUGUCACUCACCGCUCCGGUGCAGAGCCCUGGCGACAUCGAGGAGGUGGUCACCUGGCUGGCCUACUCCUCGUUUGCCGUCAAUCCCUUCUUCUACGGCAUGCUGAACCGGCAGAUCCGCGAGCAGCUGGUGCGCCUGCGACGCUGCUGCACCGGCCGGCCCGCAGAGCUGGCCGCGUCCAGCCACGAGGGCUCGCUCCAGGAGAACUUCCUCCAGUUCCUGCAGAGGACCAGCACCACGGCCGAGACACGCUCCAGCUGCACCAACUCCAGCCCCAGGAACACGCUGGACCAGGAGGUGAGGAUCCCUGGACAGAUCCCAGAGGAGUACAGCUGACCGGUUUUCCCCCCGCACCUCCAACCCCAAGUGGUUUUUUAUAAUGUCACUGAAUGCCAAGGUGCCGCAUACACUUUGUUGGAAUUUGUCUGGACACUCAAUCAUGGGUCACAGAGGAUAUCACGUAGUUGGCUUCAUGUGAAUACAGGGAGCGUCCUGUAUCUGACUGCAUGUGAAUUCUGUUCGGAGCAUGUUAGGGAGUGCUUUGCAAAGCAGUUCUAGCAGCACCUCAUCUAGCAGCACCAAUCUCUCUUUUUUCCAAGGAGAUGUGCUGUCCUGGACAGAAGACACGUGGACCAUUUGUUUUUUGCAUAUUGCCAUAACCUUUUUUAAUCAUUAAUAUAGUCACAGGAAUGGCUUACAGACCAAACUGUCAGCCAAGAUGAAAUUGCCCUGUAGUAACAUUGUUAUUCAUCCAUAACAACUGUCAGAUCUCAAUGUGUUAAUCUAUGAACACAGUUUCUCCAGGUAUUUCAGUGCUGAUGAACUGAAGUUAAGCAUUUCAUUUAAACUAUUACCACCUCAGUGUUCACUGCUUACCCAAUACUGUACGCUUGAAGUGAAGCUGUUCUUCUCAUGGAACAUUAAAAAUGUUUUUCUUUAUACGUCAUCAAUUGCGAUCAAUUUAAACAAAUAUUAUGAACCUGUUCAACUUAUAUAUGUAUUGUAUUUGUUAAACAAGAUAUCUAUUAUUUAUUAAACAAAUAUAAAAUGA